UGUCAAGGGGCUUAACAUCGUAGACAACUACAAAUCUUGUACUUAGAGGCAGAAGCAAGCUAUCUUGCCUCACGCGGACCUGUCGCUAGCAACCACGGCCGCUUGACGCGACCGUGAAAUUACGGUCGAAAUACGUGUCCCCGAAGCCCAAAAUAGUUUUUAAUGGUAUCGGGCAAAAGUAUAUUUGGUUUAUAGACGUGAACAUUAUCUACUGUACUAUCUUCUAGACCAAAAUGGUACAAUUGCUACGCAUCACACCCGAGGAGGUGAUUGAGUUCCCUCUCGUCCUUUACACCCCGCUCAACGCCAACCUCAAGCUUGAAAACAUCAGUGAUGAAAGCGUGGCGUUCAAAAUCAAGACCACUGCUCCCAAGGGCUACCUAGUGAGACCAAGCACAGGUGUCAUCAAGGCUGGAGAACACCAAUCUGUACAAAUCAUCCUUCAGCCUCUUACCGAGGCGCCUAGAGCUGUAAACGAUCGUUUCCUCGUGCAGUCAGUAAAUUACGCUAGCGAGGAACCUGUACCUAAGGAUUUGUGGUCAAGUGUUGACAAGUCCCAAGUUGGUGAACACCGUUUGAGUGUGUCCCUGGUCAAAGAUCCGGGGCUUAACAUUCAAUCUGGUAACUCUCCACAUGGAAUUCCGCCUCGUAUAGCCGCUCGUUUAUUUACACCUCAGAGCGCAAAUGUUGACCUACCAGAACUUCGCCAGAAGUAUGACGAACUUGUACAGUACUGUCUUUCUGUGGAAAAGCUAAAGGCACAGAUUAUAAGGGAAAACGAGCAAUUAAGACAAAGACUUAACCUAGGUCAAGCCGAUAGUGUAGGAUCCAAACUCUCAAUUGAGUUCUGGUACAUCCCAAUUAUUAUCAUUUUCAUGGCUGUAGUGGCCAAAUACAUGGGACACAUCUAAUAAGAUAAAUAUUGUAGUCUUAUU